UGAGAGAGGGAGCGGCCGGCCGGCGCAGGAAAAGCACCGAAAACUAUCGGACUUUCUUCAACUUCCUGUCCAUCUCGAUUCUUCAUUUUGGCCUCAGAGCGUCUCGGAGCAGAUCCACACUUUCCUCUGCUUUGUUUUCACCGCGUUUCCUCUGCCCGGUUUGCCCGGUUCUCCACAAGGAACUCUUUCCCAGCAGAGGCGCGAGGCAAGGCUGUGCCCUAACACCUACCGUUUUGGUGCCCUGCGUUGAUCCACACACACACACCCACACACACACACACACACACACACACACACACACUCGUCUCCCUCAGGAGUAUGGUGGUGUCUGCUGCGCUGGAGGAGCCGAGUCUCGCUGUGAAGGUCGACCACCAUGCCGCCAUGUAAAGCCCCGUGCCGGGUCCUGUGGCUCAUCUCAGGACUCAUUUUGGAUGUGAUUGUUGCUGCUCCCUCAGAGGAGCCGUCGCCUCCCUGUAACGUCUCUGUGUCUGCGGUCUCCUCCCGGCUGGACUCCAUAUCUGUGACGCUGAGCACGCCGGGACGCCGCUGCGCCUUCUCCGUCAUGUCUCCGGACGCCGGGACAGAGGCAGCACAGUGCACUGCAGGAGGAGGAGGACGAGGAGGAGGAGGAGGAGGAGGAGGAGAGGAGCUGGGGACUAACGAGAUAGCAGGCAAGGAACUAGGAGAGGAGGAGACGAGAGGAGGACAGGAGGAGACAGGAGGUCAUGACCUCGGGACUAACGAGGUGGAAGGAGGUGAGGAUGCAGGAAACGAGGGUGCAGGAGGCGAGGACGGAGGAAAGGAGGGUGCAGGAGGCGUCUUCACCUGCGUGUUGGAGCACCUGGAGCCUGGGACGGCCUACCAGCUGCACAUCAGUUCCCAGAGUGACCAGCAGGGGGCCAACCUCACCCUGCACACCACUCCCUCGGCGGUCAGCGGCCUGGCGGUCACCUCCAGCUCCAACAGCAGCCUGACUCUGUCCUGGCAGGCCGGCCCGGGACGGACACAGCGCUUCAGACUGCAGCUGUGGGACCGUCCCACCAGCACACACACAGGUCUGGUGAGGAACGUGACACUGGAGAGCACGGCCACACAUCACACACUGCUGGACCUCACCCCGGGACGCCGCUACAACGUUACCAUGGUGACGGAGGCCGGCGGGCUGCGCAACAGCAGGACCAUCGAGGCGCAGACAGCUCCCUCUGCUGUCACCAACCUGACCGUCGACACCGACAACAGCGUCAAUGGCAGCCGGUUGUGGUUGUCAUGGCGACGGCCCGACGGCGACCUGGACGCGGUCACGGUCGCCGUCGUCUCGUCUGACGGGACGGCCCGGCGGGAGAAGUCCCUCCCCCCGGACGCCACGGAGGCGGAGUUUGAUCAGCUGACCCCCGGCUCGGCCUAUCAGGUGACGGUGACGUCCUGGAGCGGCGAGCUGACCGGCCAAUCAGAAGUCACGGCUCGGACAGCUCCGGCUCCGGCCUCCUCCGUGCUCCUCUCCCCCUCCCCCGGCGGCCUCACCCUGUCCUGGUCGCCCCCCGCUGGCCGCUGGGAGAACUACACGGUGCUGCUGUAUAACGGCUCCCAGCUGCUGUCCCGGGACGGGCUGGGCCCCGAGGCGCGGAGCCACGCCUUCCCCGCCGCCGGCCUGCUGUCGGGACGGCUGUACAGGGCGGAGCUGAGGGUGGAGAGCGGCGGGCUGUGGGCCCCCAGCAGCUGUGAGGGGGGCCUGGCUCCUGACCCGGUGUUGGACCUUCACAUCCGUCACUCAGAUGAGACCUCCCUCAGCGCCAUGUGGAGCCACGCCCCCUCAGCCGCACGGGACAGCUACUUCCUGACCAUUCGCCAUGGCAACGACACGGUGGACACGCGGGAGGUGGAGCCUAACAUGAGGGAGUGCACGUUCAACGUGCUCACGCCCGGCAGGCUGUACGCCAUCACCGUGACGACCAGGAGCGGGAAACUCAACAGCUCUGUGUCUGUGGAGGGAAGGACAGUUCCCAUGGCGAUGCACAGCUUCACUCUGAGCAGUACAGGUGUGGACAGCCUCCAGGCAUCAUGGGAAAAACCACCAGGAGAUUUGGACUCGUACUCGCUGACCCUGCUGCGGGACAGUGAGACACACAGUGAGCUGGUUCAGAGUCUCAGUGUGGAUGUGAACUCGUCGGCCCUGCAGCUGAGCGGCCUGACACCCGGCGCCCCCUACAGGCUGCAGGUGGCCACUGUCAGCGGGGGGGUGCAGUCCAAAACCAAGGGCCUGGAGGGACGCACAGUCCCGGCGUCAGUUUCCGAGGUAACGGUUGCCAACGGCGGCCGGUCGGACGCGCUGCGGGUGUCAUGGCGACAUGCAGCGGGCGUGGCCGACAGCUACCUGGUGCGUCUUCAGGACGGGAGAACCGUCGACAAGCUGGCCGUGUCGCGCUCCUCGCCGCCCGAGUGCUCCUUCAGCUCGCUGGUUGCCGGGCGACUGUACACCGUUGUCAUAGUGACGCGGAGCGGCGGCCUGGAGAACGCCACGACGGUUCAGGCCCGGACGCAACCCGCCACCGUCCAGAACCCAACAGCCGUCCACUCUGCCAGAGACGACUUCCUCAAGGUGUACUGGCGCCACGCGGUGGGGGACCUGGAUCACUACGUGGUUCAGAUCCGGUACAACCACAGCACGCUGCAGAACCAGACCGUGUCGGCCGGACACAACGAGUGCGUCUUCUCCUCCCUGGUGCCGGGGCGACUGUACACCGUUACCGUGGAAACCUGGAGCGGCGACUACGUCAGCAGCGUCUCCACCGACGGCCGCACCUUUCCAGCAGCAGUGGGCAAUCUGUCGCCAGGCAACGCAGGGACGAAUGAUUUGACGGUCACCUGGAGCCCCGCCCCCGGCGACGUCGACCACUAUGAGGUGACGCUGCUGUUCAACGACACGCGGGUCUUCCCCCCGGUGACGCUGGGCAGCGAGGCGCGGCAGCACCGGCUCACCUCGCUGACGCCCGGCAGACUCUACAAGAUCGUGGUGUCGACGUUCAGCGGACCGUACCAGAGGCCGCAGUUCAUCGAGGGACGCACAGUGCCCAGCGCCGUGGGAAACCUCCUGCUGUCUCCUCGGCCCGGCCUGCAGGGGGCGUCGGCGGGGCUGGCCGUCUCCUGGACGCCCGGGGACGGAGACCUGGACAUGUACACCGUGUCCCUGUCCGGCCCGCGGGGCGAUGUGGUCGAGACCCGUCCCGUACCCAAACACGUCUCCUCGCUCGACUUCCUGGAUCUGACCCCAGGCCAGGCCUACGCCGUCACCAUCCAAUCACUGAGCGGCAAGCUGACCAAUAACAAGACAGCCACGGGCAGGACAGCCCCGGCCAGGGUCACGGCGCUGCAGGCGGACAACGAGCACACCACCCACAGCCUCACCGUUACCUGGGAGACGGCGGCGGGCGUGCUGGACGGCUACAGGCUGCAGCUGCUGGACGAGGCCGGCGUCCUGCUGGCCAACCGCUCGGUGGCGGCGGGCGGCCGGGCGGAGCUGCUGGACGGCCUGACGGCGGGGAGGUGGUACCGCGUCAGGCUGGUGACGCUGAGCGGCGGCGUGGCGUCGCAGGAGGCCGUCGCAGAGGGACAGACACGUCCGGCGGCGGUCAGUGCUCUGGCGGUCAGCUCGGCCAACAGCUCCUCGCUCUCCUUCUCCUGGCGGCCGUCGGACGGCCACGUCGACGCCUACGAGCUGUCACUCUUCAGCGUCUCCGAGGCGACGACCAACCACAGGCAGGACGCCGCCGGAACCAGGAAGGAGCAUCACCAGGGCGUGCUGCUGGACCUGCAGAGGCUCCCUGCCGCCUCAGACGGCUGUGUGUUCUCGGGCCUGGAGGCAGGAAGUCUGUUCCGGCUGCAGGUGGUCAGCUGGAGCAGAGGCAUGUCCAGCGACUCCGCCCUGCUGGCCAGGACCGUCCCGUCAGCAGUCUCCUCUCUGCAGGUGAGCUGCGGCGGGCAGACGGACAGACUGACGGUCAGCUGGCAGCACGGAGCCGGCAGCUGGUCCAGCUACCAGGUGGUAUUGUAUGACGCCUCCGGAGCCACGCUGGGUGCACAGAAGCUGGGGGCGGAGCAUACAGGUCACAUGUUCCCAGGGCUGAUCCCUGGUAGGCUGUACCGCGCUGAGGUCAUCACACACAGCGGGGAGCUGACCAAUAGCGUUUCAGAGCUGGGACGCACUGCUCCGGAGCCGCCCACCCACCUGUCCGUCAAACAGGGCCCGACCAAUGAGACGCUGGAGCUGUCGUGGGCUGGCCCCGCCUCCGGGGACUUCGACAGCUUCAGCCUACAGUGGACUCCGCCCGACCGCCUGUCAAUCACCCAGAUCCGACCAACCAGCCGCGUGGUGGGCGGGAUGUUCCCGGGCCGGCUCUACAACUUCAGCCUGUCCACUGUCAGCGGGGGCGUGGCCGGGGGCGGGCCCACAGCCAUGAGCCAGCCAAUCCAGAGAGCCGUCAGGACGAGUCCGUCUCCUCUGAGGUCCAUUCACUGCUUCCCUCUCUCGUCCUCCUCUCUCUCCUGCUCCUGGGUGCCCCCUCCGUCCGACUUUGACUCGUACGAGGUCGAGUGUCGUCGCCAUGACAACGGCGAGCUGACGGCAGCGCUGCGGCUGGCGGCGGGCGUUACCGCGGUGACGCUGGACCGCCUGGAGGCCUUCCGCAAAUACUCGGUGACGGUCCGAGUGGCAUCGGACGGCCUGACCAGCCAACCGGCCACACACACCACCGUCACCAUGAUAGACCGCCCGCCGGUCCCGCCCCCCAGCGUGCGCGUCAGCGAGAGGUCGUCCAAGGUCACGUCCUCGUCCAUCCUGUUCCGCUUCAACUGCUCCUGGUUCAGCGACGCCAACGGAGCCGUGCGCUACUUCACCGUGGUCGUGGCCGAGUCGGAUGAGAAGGACGUCCUGCAGCCUGAACAGCGCCACCCUCUGCCCUCCUACCGCGACUACAUCAGCAACUCCUCGGUCAGGGCCUACCAGACCGCCUACUUCCCCAGCCGCUGCCCGCAGGACGCCGACGCCUCUGCUGGACAGGUGGUGGAGGUGAACCUCGGGGCUGGAGGGGACCGGCUGGGCGGGGCCUGUGAUCGUUACCGUGACGAUGGCGACAUCUACGUGAGCGACAGCUACGGCGACUUCUGUGAUGGGCCACUGAAAGCCAAAACCUCCUACAGGCUCAGUGUGCGUGCCUUCACCAGGCUGUUCGAUGAAAACCACCGAGAGUUUCCUCAGCCUCUGUUCACCGACACCUACCUGUCCACACCGCUCAGGACGCACGCCGAGCCUCUAGGUGGCGUGGUUGAGGGUCUGAGUGCUGGCAUGUUCCUCAUCGGUAUGAUGGUGGCUGUCGUCUCCCUGCUGGUGUACAGACAGAGGCUGCGCAAAGUGGCUGUGCAGGAGAACCCAGUGGUGAGGAUGAGUAUGUGGAAAGAGGUGCCGACUUCAGGGAUUUAUAUGGGCGUCAGGAGCAACCGACGAGUCACCAGUCCCGUCAAAGCGAGUCACUUCGAGUCCCACCUGACCAAGCUGCAGGCCGACUCCAACUACCUCCUGUCCGAGGAGUUCGAGGACCUGAAGGACGUGGGGCGGAACCAGACGAUGGACGCCGCCCGCGUGCCGGAGAACCGAGGGAAGAACCGCUACAACAACAUCCUGCCAUACGACUCGACCCGAGUGAAGCUGUCCCACCUGGAGGACGAGCCGUGCUCCGACUAUGUCAACGCCAGCUACAUGCCUGGCAAUAACUACCGCAGGGAGUACAUCGCCACGCAGGGCCCGCUGCCCGGCACCAAGGACGAUUUCUGGCGGAUGGUGUGGGAGCACGGCGUCUACAACAUCGUCAUGGUAACGCAGUGUGUGGAGAAGGGGCGGGUGAAGUGUGACCAGUACUGGCCUGAGGACAAAGAGCCUCUGUAUUACGGCGAGCUGGUGAUCCAGAUGCUGUCCGAGUCCGUCCUGCCCGAGUGGACCAUCAGGGAGUUCAAGAUCACCUCGGAGAGCGGCUGCAGUUACCCCCGGGUGCUGCGGCACUUCCACUACACGGUGUGGCCGGACCACGGCGUCCCGGAGAGCACGCAGUCCCUCAUCCAGUUUGUCCGGACGGUGCGGGACUACGUGGACAGAUCGCCCAGCACCGGGGCCACCGUCGUGCACUGCAGUGCCGGUGUCGGUCGCACAGGAACCUUCAUCGCUCUGGAUCGGGCUCUGCAGCAGCUGGACUCCAAGGGAACCGUCGACCUUUACGGCUGCGUGUUCGACCUCCGCCUGCACCGCUCCCACAUGGUCCAGACCGAGUGCCAGUAUUCAUACCUGCACCAGUGUGUGAGGGACGUUCUGAGAGCCAGGAAGCAUCGCAGUGAGCAAGAAAACCCGCUCUACCCCAUCUAUGAAAACUUCAACCCCGAGUACUGCCGAGAUUUCAUGUACACCGGACGCUAACGAGGACGCACGCUGCUGGGUUAGCCUGCGAUGCUAACGAGUCACCAUCCACACAGCCAUGUGCGUUAGCGGGGCGGCUAGCUGCACGUUUGACAAAACUGCCACGAAAUUCAGCAAAAUCAGAAAGACAACAAACCAUAAUUGAAUUGAAUCCACGUGUGUCUGCUAAAUGCAUCAAUAACAGACAGACAGUUGAAGCAAAGGGAAGUUUAGCGUGCGAGCGUCCUCAGCCGGUUUCCUCAAACUCAACAAGCACAGGGAAGGAAAGAGCCAUUUGUGUUUCUAUAGCGACACUCACUACUCCACAUAAGCUGUUUAUUUAAAAGUAACACUCAUUGCUGUAUGUAAAUAUUGAUGUAAUACUCUUGUUUUUAUAUGACGAUGAUGAAUCUGUGUUCUUGAAUGUUUCUCCUCAUGAAGCUCCUCUUCCUGAGCACGAGGAGCGCUCGGCUGGUCUCACUCCACGUGGGACAUUUUCAUAUUUUCAGGGUUUUAAUUUGUGAAAUCAAGCGCUCCUCACGUAGCACUGUAAACUCGUGUCUUGUAUUCAGACUUUAAAGUACUAACUGCACACAAGAUGUUUCUUUCUAAAAACAAACAUAUAAAUAUAUUAGAAAUAAAAUACAAAUCCAUUCCCUCAGCGUCAUGAUUUCAUAUUUUAUUUCAUCCCCAUUUUUACAUUUUAUUUCAACCUAACUUGCCCGUCUUUUAUCAUGUAUUUUGGUCUAAAUAAGUCUGAAUACAAGGUAGAAUCACUUACUAACAUUAUUAUUUUAAUUGCUGUUGUUAUUAUUAUUGUUACCAUUACUGGCGGCCAAAUUGGAGUUCAGCAGUUUUAAUAUUUCUCAAAUAAAAUCGGCUCAUAUAACUGAUGAAUGCCUGUUUUUGUCACAUAUCUCUGAGCUUUAAUGGAUGAAAAUAAAUCCAGUACACAGUUUAACUGCUUUGCCCAGAAAAUAACAGAAAUUUUAAGGAUCUAUGUUUUUGGAAUAUUUCUGACAUCUGUUUUUGUGAUGUGAAGCAUUUUGUAUGCAGAGUCCUCACAUGCACGAGUGUGUAAUAAACAGUGAGUCAGUAAAUCCAGAGAGUCACUACAGACGGCUGAGUUUGUCUCGCGUCUACACCAGAGUUCA